UCGCGGAGUAUUGUGCGGGUACAAGUAUUUUCUUCGCGGGUGUGCCGUGCACGGGUCUCUCAAGGUCUUACCAGUUAAAACUCUGAUCUCGGCGGCGCGUGCACUGUGCCGAAGAACUCGUAACACAAAGCCGGUGCUCCGACACUUCACAGCAGCUCUGCUCCGCGAUCUUCGUGAUGAAUUUCUUGGACAAAACUUUCGAGCUGAAGGAGAUUCAGAGGCUCGAAGGCCACAGCGACCGGGUCUGGAGUGUCGCUUGGAAACCGGCCACCGGAACUGACGGCGUACCCGCAGUACUCGCCUCUUGUAGCGGCGAUAAGACCGUUCGUAUUUGGGAACAGAGCUCCCCAUCCGGUUCUUUCCAUUGCAAGGCAGUUUUAGAGGAGACUCACACACGAACUGUUAGGUCUUGUGGAUGGUCACCAUCUGGCAAAUUGCUGGCAACUGCAAGUUUUGAUGCCACUACUGCUAUAUGGGAACACAUUGGAGGUGAUUUUGAAUGUGUCUCCACCUUAGAGGGUCAUGAAAAUGAAGUCAAAAGUAUCUCAUGGAAUGCAUCGGGCACGCUGCUUGCAACUUGUGGACGAGACAAAUCAGUUUGGAUAUGGGAAGUAUUGCCUGGUAAUGAAUUUGAAUGUGUUUCUGUGCUGCAAGGUCAUACACAAGAUGUUAAAAUGGUGCAAUGGCAUCCUUCUGUGGAUAUCUUGUUUUCAUGCAGUUAUGAUAACACCAUCAAGGUUUGGGCAGAGGAAGGUGAUAGUGAUGAUUGGCAUUGCAUUCAAACUUUAGCUGAAUCUAGCAGUGGUCAUACAUCAACAGUUUGGGCUCUCUCUUUUAAUUUCAGUGGAGAUAAAAUGGUUACCUGUAGUGAUGAUCUUACCCUAAAGAUAUGGAGUGCUGACAUAGCAAGGUUGCAGUCUGGUGAUGUAAAAGCACCUUGGAGGCAUAUUAGCACUCUCUCUGGGUACCAUGAUAGAACAGUUUUUUCAGUACAUUGGUCAAGAGAAGGAAUAAUUGCCAGUGGAGCAGCUGAUGAUGCUAUACGCUUAUUUGUUGAGAAUGAAGACAAAUCGGUUGAUGGACCUACAUACAGCUUACUUUUGAAGAAGGAAAAGGCUCAUGAAAUGGAUGUAAAUGCUGUGCAGUGGAACACUGCAACAGAUAAGAGGCUACUUGCUUCAGCUAGUGAUGAUGGGACAAUCAAGAUAUGGGAAUUGGCUCCUCAAUCCGGAGGCGAAGAACUAUCAUUGUAGUCUUAUAAUAGAGAUGUUUGUGCGCUAACUUGCACUAUUUUUAAUAUAUUAUAUCUAUAAUGCAAUUUUCCUGCCCCCUUUGUGAGAAAUUUGUAUUUUGUUUUGGGUUUGCUUUGAAAUCUGUAUCUUCAAAUUUAUACCUGUGUAAUUUAGAAAUUCACAUAUUUCACAUAAUAUGAUUUUGGCAGGAAACAGAGUAAACAUAUGUGAAUAAAUUUUAUAGAGAUUUCUUUCUUUA